AUGGACGACAAUAGCCGUCGAAGAAGGCAGAAUGAGCCACCAUAUUCUGCUCAGGAUCCCAGAUAUGCUUCAGACCAGAGUCAAGGUCGUGGCAUUCCAUACUCCAUAUCGGAUAGGCAUCGAUCUGGACCGGCGACAGGGUCACCAUCAAUGAACCGUGGAGUCGGUCCCGCUUCAGCAUAUACCACUCCUGGGUACUACGAGCCAACUUCGAAUUUCUCGGCAGGUAUUUCGUCAAAUCCUUUGCAAUACUCAUCCAAUUAUCCUCCAGACCAAAGGCAACAAUCAAGUUUCUCGGAUUAUAACGCCGGAAUGAUGUACAACAGUGUCACACAACAAACUCCACAAAACGGCAUCUAUGACAGUCCGCAAUUUCAGGGGCGGCAACCUGCAGCAAUGCAAAUGAUGCCGGAUGUGGCUGCGCCCUACCUCUCAAAUGACCCAACCAAUACCCCAGGUACUCAGCAGUACGCUUCCUCAAACUCAUCUACACCUUACCAACAUCACCAACAAAGCCCAGGAGAUCGCACCACAUUGAUUCAACAAUCAUAUUCGGCACCCGUAGGAUUAAGUGGAAUGAGUCAAGCAUCGGGAACAGCCGACGUUAUGGACACCGGAAACCUGCAGCAACAAGGGGCAGGGGGCAUGGAGGAAGCCUAUUCGACUUAUCAGACGGCUCUCAAGCAAAUCUUCAAGAACAUCAUUGAUCUUCGCCUUGCUGAAGCAAGUUCGUCUUUACUUGAGGUUUCGGAGUGGCUACUCGGGCACGUAGCAGAGUUAGACGAAGCUGCGCUUCAUGGCGACCGACUUCGACUAUGGAACGAAUUCAAUGCCGCGUGGUUGAGCAUCUUUACUAGGCAGCACGAUUUUCUCGAAUCAGGUCAGCGCAUACAGCCACCGCAAACACUCAUGUCCUUGGAGUUUAUUGGUAAAAUGGGAACCAACUUAACACGAAUGUGCGAUUCUGUCGAAAAAUACGGUUUGGUGGACUAUCAAUAUGGGGUUGGGGAGUCGCAAAUCAUGGAUAUUCUCAUGAGCUGCAAACAACUCCAAGAAAACCUUGAAGGGCCUGGGACCCCUGAUGAAGGCGCACCCGCGAACCCCAACGUCGGUCGAGCGCCACCAUGA